GUUUCAUAACCGAUCCGGUUCAAUUAAGCGUGUGUUGACAGAGCAAAACCCUGUUCUUCGCGAUCUUUGACGGAUAUUUUGCUAACUGCUAAAGUCAGAUAAAUAGCUUUUACUUGGAGACUUGAAUCAGCAGGAACGAGGAGUCACACUGGCGUAUCUGGCUGAUUUAGGAGAGGUUUUUUUGGACUGGAUACAGUAGACAUACACUCUGGGAUGGGGAUUGGAGAGUGCAUUUGCUUUGUGCACUGAGUGUGAGUUUGGGAAGAGAAGAGUGAUCGACAGCGCGUUCUCCAUUACAGAGGCACCUGAGUGAUACAGAAAUGAAAUUCCUCUGCAAGUCGCUUCUUUUUGGCUCGUGCUUUCUGUCCGUUUUUUGUUCAUGGGCAAUUCCCAGAUUAAUGCUGCGACAAGAUAAUUCAAGUCAGCCGCUAAUCUAUAGUAAAAAUGUGAGCCAUACUGUCUUCUGCCUUCAACAUGGAUCUGAGAACUUGCUCUUGGGGCAACUAAACUCUGUGCUGGAGCUGAACGAUGGUGGUGUAGUAGAGAACUUCACCCUGACAGAUAACGGAGAUGACUUUUGCGAUGGGAGCUCUUGUGAAAUCGUCAUAACAGUAAUCGAAGAAUUCCAGGAUUGGCUUUUUAUCUGUGGGACAAAUGGAAGACAACCAACGUGCUGGAAGCUGGAUCCCAGAAAAAACAAUCGCUCCCUUGUGGUUGUGGAAAGUAUUGAUGGCAGUGGCAUCUCACCUUACAAAUACUCACAAAACUCUCUGUCACUUGUAGUAGAUGGAGACCUUUAUGCUGCAGCGCCACUUUACUUGGAUGGAACAUCACUACAUUUCCGAAGGCAAGCUGGCAGCCAAAACAAAUUAUGGAUGUAUGAUCCAUGGAUUACAGAACCAACAUUUAUAUCAGCUUUUGUGGCCAGCAGACCUGAAGACCCAUUGAAUGAGAAAAUUUAUGUUCUCUUUCGAGAGAAAAACUCAGACAGCAGUCCAGAAGCUGACCCCUGGAUCUCUAGGGUGGCCAGAGUAUGCAAGAUUGACAAAGGAGGGCCUAAGAGAUUUUUCCAAAACAUUUGGACAUCUUUUCUGAAGGCACGCCUUGUGUGUGCGAUUCCUGGAGAGUCGCUAUAUUUUAAUCGUCUGCAAGACAUCUUUGUGCUACACUCUGAUAACUGGAAGGAAUCUCUUGUCUAUGCUCUUUUCUCAAGCAGCUGGAAUGCCACGGCUGUUUGCAUAUACUCCUUAGCUGAGCUUGAUGACAUUUUUGAGAAGUCCAGCUUCAAAGGAUACAAUGAAGAUAUUCCCAACCCAAGGCCAGGAACCUGUGUGGGGGACAGUAGGUCUCUGCCCACCCCUACUAUCCGUAUUGUUAGAAACCAUCCAGAGAUGACUGACUGGGUCCAUCCCAUACAGAAACAUGCUCCUUUCUACAUCAGCAAUAACAAUUACACCAAAAUUGCAGUGGAUAGGGUGCAGGCCUCAGAUGAAAAAAUGUACAAUGUGUUGCUGCUUGCCACAGACACUGGAACGAUCCAUAAGAUAUUGGAGCAUGAUUCCAAAGCCUUUAUAAUUUCUGAGACAAGUCUUUGCAGUGGCGCUGCUCCUGUUCUGUCUAUGAAACUACACUCUGAAAAGAGAAAGUUGUUUGUUGGAUAUCCUGGGCAAAUGUCUGUCUUAGAUCUGCAGGCGUGCCAGGACUAUAAUACAUCCUGUGAAGACUGUGUUCUUGCCAGGGACCCAUACUGUGCUUGGACUGAAAAUGGAUGCACCUCACAAAUUAAAGGGGGGAUUCAAAAUAUUGCCACUGGUGAGCCACACAUAUGUUCCAUAAAUUCAGCUCUAAAAAGACUCAAGCGAGAUGUACCAUCUUCAGUUUCAACCCCUCCAAUAGUGCACACUGUGCCCAAGGGUUUCCCUUUCUACCUUUCCUGCCCAAUUGACUCCCAUCAUGCCACCUACAGCUGGGAGCACAGAGGUGAAAGUGAACCAUGCCAGAGGACUCAGUCUGACUGCCUCUAUCUAAUAAAAUCUGUCAGUGCACAUGAUUAUGGAAUGUACAGCUGUGUGUCAAGGGAGCGUAACUACAGCAAAAUGGUUAAAGUAUAUCAACUGAAUGGUCCCUCUGAGCCACGGACCCUAAACAGAGCCUUCAAACUCACAGCUGAGAAAGAAUGGCUGUUGGCUGUAUUCACUGCACUUCUUUUCAGAGAACACUAAUCUGUCUAAAGAGCAGUAUAUCUGCUUCUGUCCUUAAGCUUCUUUCCCUCUUGGUCUUAGUCAGUAAUGCAAUAAUAUCAAAGGUUGCCAGGGAAAGCAAGUGCGUGUGCAUGAAGUGCACGUAAAAAGAAACUAGACAAAAGUGUAGGUCAGUGGAUGUGAUGGGAGAGGGUGAUACCACUCCCAAGAAUUUCCUUCCAUUACUGCUGGGUCUUCAUCCUGUAUAAAGUCUAGCCACUGAGCCAUGUUCAAAUACAGUUAGGUCUGGAAGUAUUUGGACAAUGACAGAGUUUUUGUGAUUUUGCCUUUAUACACCACCACAAUGGAUAUGAAAUAAAACAAUCAAAAUGUGAUCGAAGUGUAGACUUUCAGCUUUAUUUUAAGAGGUUCCACAAAAAUAUGGCAUUUACCAUUUAGGAAUUACAGCCAUUUUAGUAGCAAAGUACUUCCAUUUUCAGGGGCUUAAAGGUAUUUGGACAAUUGACUGACAAGAAGUUAAUUGACCAGAUGCGGUCCAUUCCCUUGUUACUUCAAGACAAAUGAAGCAGAUAAAAGCUCUGGAGUUGAUAUCAGGUAUUGAGUUGGCAUUUGGCAGCUGUUCGACUGGAGCUACCAAUAUGAAGUCCAAGGAGAUCUCAAUGCAAGUGAAAGAGGCCAUCAUUAGGCUGAAAAAACAACAUAAAUCUAUAAGAGAGAUAGCAAAAACCUUAGGUGUGGCCCAAUCAACAGUUGGGUACAUUCUUGAAAAGAAAGAAAGCACUGGUGAGCUCAACAACAUCGAAAGGCCUGGAAGACCAUGGAAGACAACUAAAGUGGAUGAUCGUAGGAUCCUUUCCUUGGUGAAGAAAAACCCCUUCACAACAUCAACAGAAGUCAAGAAUACUCUGGAAAAGGUAGGCGUAUCAUUGUCAAAAUCUACAAUCAAGAGACGCCCUCAUGAAUGUAAAUACCGAUGGUUUACAACAAGGUGCAAACCUUGGUAACAUUCAAGAACAGGAAAGCCAGAUUAGACUUUGCCAGAAACACCUAAAAAAGCCCCCUAUGUUCUGGAAUAAGAUUCUUUGGACUGAUGAAACCAAGAUUAACUUGUACCAGAAUGAUGGGAAGAGAAAAGUAUGGCGAAAGAAAGAAACAGCUCAUGAUCCAAAGUAUACCACAUCAUGUCAAACAUAGUGGAGGAAGUGUUUUGGCAUGGGCAUGUAUGGCUGCCAAUGGAAUGGGCUCACUGGUGUUUAUUGAUGUGACUGCUGACGGAAGUAGCAAGAUGAAUUCUGAGGUGUAUAGGGCUAUACUCUCUGCUCACAUUCAGCCAAAUGCUACAAAACUGAUAGUACGCCACUUCACAGUGCAGGUGGAUAAUGACCCUAAACAUACUGUGAAAGCAACUCAAGACUUUUUGAAGGCAAAAAAAUGGAAUAUUCUUCAAUGGCCAAGUCACCUGAUCUCAACCCAAUAGAGCAUGCUUUUCACUUACCAAAGACAAGACUGAAGGCAGAAAGACCCACAAACAAGCAGCAACUGAAGGCUGUGAAGGCCUCGCAAAGCAUCUCCAGGGUGGAAACUCAGAGCUUGAGGUUUAAGAACAUGGGCUCUAGACUUCAGGCAGUCAUUGACUGCAAAUGAUUUUCAUCCAAGUAUUAAAAUUAUGGUUAUAUUUACAAUUAUGUCACUUUGUCCAAAUACCUUUGAGCCCCUGAAAAUGGAGGUACUUUGUUGAAAAUGGCUGUAAUUCCUAAAUGGUAAAUGCCAUAUUUUUGUGGAACCUCUGGACCUAACUGUAUAAGCAAUGAAAUGGCUCAUAAUUAGGUGUGGUCUAAAGUAAUUUAACAGGGAGGUUAGAGCACAGUGAGAUCAUUUAGUCAGUGAGAUCAUGUAAAAGUGAGGCUCCCUCAAACAUUUAAUGAAGAGAGGAUAAUAAUUAUAAACCAGGGAUUUACACCGAUCAGCCAUAACAUUAUGACCACCUGCCUAAUAUUGUGUUGGUCCCCCUUUUGCUGCCAAAACAGCCCUGACCCGUCAAGGCAUGGACUCCACUAGAUCCCUGAAGGUACUUGUGUUGUGUUGUGGUAUCUGGCACAAAGACAUUAACAGCAGAUCCUUUAAGUCCUGUAAGUUGCGAGGUGGGGCCUCCAUGGAUCGGACUUGAUGGCCAGCACACCCCACAGAUGUUCGAUUGGAUUGAGAUCUGGGGAAUUUGGAGGCCAAGUCAACACCUUGAACUCUUUGUCAUGUUCCUCGAACCAUUCCUGAACAAUUUUUACAGUGUGGCAGGGCGCAUUAUCCUGCCGAAAGAGGUCACUUCCAUUAGGGAAUACCGUUAGCAUGAAGGGGUGAACCUGGUCUGCAACAAUGUUUAGGUAGGUGGUAUGCAUCAAAAUAGCAUCCACAUAAAUGCCAGGACCCAAGGUUUCCCAGCAGAAUGUUGCCCAGAGAAUCACACUGCCUCCGCCAGCUAGCGUUUUUCCCAUAGUGCGUGCUGGUGCCAUCUCUUCCCCAGGUAAACGAUGCACAUGCACCUGGCCUUCCACAUGAUGUAAAAGAAAAUGUGAUUUAUCGGACCAGGCCACCUUCUUACAUUGCUCCGUGGUCCAGGUCUGAUGCUCACCUGUCCAUUGUAGGCACUUUUGGCAGUGGACAGAGGUCAGCACGGGCACUCUGAGAGGUCUGUGGCUACACAGCCCUGUGUGUUCCAUGCACAGGGCCAUGCACUGUGUGUUCUGACACCUUUCUAUCAUAGCCAGCUUUAACUUUUCAGCAAUUUGUGCUACAAUAGCUCUUCUGUGGGACCAGACGGACUAGCCUUCACCCUCCUCACGCAUCAGUGUGCCUUGGGCGCCCAUGACCCUGUCGCUAGUUCACCGGUUGUCCUUCCUUGGACCACUUUUGGUAGGUACUAACCGCUGUAUACCGGGAACACCCCACAAGGCCUGCCGUUUUAAAGAUGCUCUGACCCAGUCAUCUAGCCAUCACAAUUUGGCCGUUGUCAAAGUCUCUCUAAUCCCUACGCUUGCCAAUUUUUCCUGUUUCCAACACAUCAACUUCGAGAACCGACUGGUAUUGAGAUAAUCAAUAUUAUUCACUUCACCUGUCAGUGGUCAUAAUGUUAUGGCUGAUCGGUGUAUAAUUUCUGUCAUGUUGGAACAGAUAUAAAGCUUUCUGCAUUUAAACAGCCAACUUUAGACAAGACAUACAGAGAAACCACAACACUAAGGCUCAUGUACUUUAUUCUUAGACCAUGCCAUAUGUGCUGGGUUUUGUAGGUGUUUAAUGUCUCAUACUAAACACUUAUGCUUUGCAAUAAACAGAAAUAAGAAGGACAUGCACUUCAUAUGCACCUUUGACCCCAGUAGGAUUUUUGGAUCCCAUAACGCUGGAAUGCACUUUUAUUUUGUCCCUUGGAGUUUUUCUUCUCCUGGACAAUUUUCAUUUCCUUGACUUCCCUUUGGGCCCAAGUCUAUUACAGACUCAUGGACUCAUGCUUAUCUUUCCCUUAGCCCUGCUGAAGGCACCCCUGAGUGCCUCUAAUACAUAUGUUGCAUUCUUGCUUGGUGCAAUGUUUUAGCACAUCAUCAGGUUUGUAAUAGUACACUGCAUCUUUUUGAAUUUCCCUGUGUGGAUAUGACACCAGCAUUAAAAUCCAGUGAUUAUGGUAAUAAAGAACACAGUGUAGCAGAGGGGGUGGGGGUUAAACAACAAAGACGUCUGGAGAUACAUUACCUUCUGCUUGUGAUAAGAAGUAGAACGUUAGAUGUAUGUAAUGUGAUGUGAUUUGGGCUGUAACUGAUAAGAGAUAAUGUGCAGGCAUUAUGAACACUCUGUUAACUUGCUGUUUUUUUUAAUUUAUUAUUUUUUUAAAUGGGCCAAAUUGCAAAGGACUGCAUGACUUAUCUUUGACUGGAAAGGGAGUAUAAAGGAUAGGAUCUGGUGGCUAGAAUAGAAUUAUACAAUCUGUAUAGCCCCACUGCUAGUAAACCCUAUCCUUUAUGCCCAAUUACCAUUCUGGCCUGGCAACAGAGCCCCUGAGUCUAUGCCCGGAUGGGUGACACCUACUUCCUUUCCAGAUAAAGAUGUAAAAAAGGGCUGUACAUAUUAACAGUAAUCAACUGGGGACUGAAUGAUGCUUGUGAGUUUCGGUUUGUCAGUUUAUAAGACAGAAGUUGCAUUUAUUUAUUUAUUUAUUUUACAAAAGUCAUUUAUUAUAACUAUCACAAGUAAAUUUAAUAUAUUAUUAUAUAUUUUAAUAUAUUAUAUAUUUUAGAACAAGCGUUGCCUAUUAAAGAUAUACUCUGAAACUUGUGUCCUCGUCACUGAAAGAAUGAAAGACUGAAUUAUUUUUAUGCCUGAGGUGUAUGGGAUCAUAGUGACUGUGGGCUGUUUUUAUUUUUUUAAACGUGUGCUAUUAAAUUAUGGAAAAACA